GCUCAAUUCCCCGCAUGGGUUAGAGGUUAAUUUGCGCGGGGAAAACCCAUUACCAAAUACAUAACGGAAUUUUACAUCGCGGAAUACGUUAGACUUUAAUAGAGAAACAAAGAGGUAGCGACAAAACCAAUACUUACCGCUAUUUCAAGUGUUUACAAAAACAAAUAAUAUAACAUUCUGGAUUUAUAACAAGUCACCCUGAGGAAUAUCAUCAAUCAAUAAGGUAGUGCUGGAUGGAAAUAUUCUGAGUAGGAGCUGAAGGCGAAUACUUCGACAGUAAAGUUUGACAUGUCUCAUCGUGUGGAAAAGCGAAUUAAUGAGCUGAAGGAUGCCAUAUCCACAUACAGCCCAGGUUCAACAUUUCGUCUUCCACGAGAUCGGCCAACCGAACCUCCAAUUGCUCUCCGAAUCGGGCUGUUCGGUCCGACGGGCGUGGGCAAGUCAGCUUUGAUCAACUCCAUGAACUACGCCACGGGACCGAUGUGGGAGAAUAGAGCCCCCGAGGGUUUCGCGAUCGAAGCUUCCAAGACUCUAACCCGUAACGCUUUCCCGAUGACGGAGAAGAUUACCAUGGUUGAUAAUCGUGGAAUGAGGAGCCUUGGAGGGCCGUUCAUGGUCGAACUCGGCCAUCAAAUAGCUGGUGUGUACAACGACGAGCAGAGUGUUGAAUGGGACCACGGUUUUCUGCGGCGUGUGGUGGCCGGGCUCGAGAGGACUUUCAGAGCAAAGGUAGACUGUGAGAUCCACUGCGCUGUCCUUGUUAUCAGUGCUUUGAACCUGAGUCUUCGAGCCACAGACCUGAAGGAACUCAUUGAGCAGAUCAAGUCUAUGACAGGUAUGAUUACAUCACUACUGAACAGUGGCGUAACAAGGGGAAGAAGGGAUAGCGCAAUGAUGGGCAAACUAUCUUUCAUCACGCCAUCACCGAUCGUUAUCAUCACUCAUCGGAGACACCAUGAGGUACGGGAGGAGGUGAUCAUUGCUUUCCGAACCGGUCUGCAGCAGCAGCGCAUCGACUACGUGUACGAGCUCGAGAACUACACCACGGACGAUCACGGGUACGAUGCCGAGAAGCAUCUCGUCCUGCUCGAAGCCCUCUAUCAAUGCGCCAUCGUUGGCGACAAGGUUAUGAAGUACAAGGAGAGCAACCAGGGUUGCACUAUCCUGUGA